AUGCGGCUCCUUGAACGUGACGAUACCGGCGACUUCCACCUGAAGGAUCUGCCCAGCAACGCGAUUCCGCCUUACGCGAUACUCUCACACACAUGGGGCGACGAAGAGGUCCUCUUCAAAGAUCUGGUGGAUGGUACGGGCAGGAAAAAUGCAGGCUAUGCUAAGGUUCAGUUUUGCGGAGAUCAAGCCUGGCGCGAUGGGCUGAAACACUUCUGGAUCGACACAUGCUGCAUCGACAAGUCAGACGCUGUCGAGCUCCAGCACGCUCUCAACUCCAUGUUCCAGUGGUAUCGUAACGCCACCAAAUGCUAUGUCUAUCUCACAGACGUCUCAACCCGCAAGUGGGACGCCGACGGCAACUCUGGUUGGGAACUGGCUUUUCGGACAUGCAGAUGGUUUACCCGAGGAUGGACUCUGCAGGAGCUUAUUGCUCCAACGAUCGUUGAAUUCUUUUCUAAGGAGUGCGAGCGUUUGGGGGAUAAAAAGUCCUUGGAACGAGAAAUCCACGAUAUAACCGGAAUUCCUCUAAAAGCUCUUCAGGGAAGACCUCUAUCCGAUUUCAGUAUUGCCGAACGAAUGGCGUGGAUAGAGAAGCGCGAUACAAAAUUUGAGGAAGAUAAGGCUUACUCGCUAUUCGGUAUCUUUGACGUGCACAUACCGGUUAUUUACGGCGAAGGAAAACAGAAGGCAUUGAAGCGGCUGCGAGACAAGAUCCGCGAGGAUUAUCUCUGUUUAGCAAAGCUGUGGUCCGCUGACCCGCGAGACCCGCACCACGAGAAGGAGCGCAUCGAGCUAGCAAAGGGUGGUCUGCUGGCUGAUGCUUACCGCUGGGUCUUUGACAACCCCGAAUUUCGGCAAUGGCGCCAUAACUCAGAGAAUCGACUUCUCUGGAUCAAGGGCGACCCUGGCAAAGGCAAGACCAUGUUGCUCUGCGGCAUCAUCGACGAGCUAGAGCAACCCAUCACUGCUAGUGGUGGCAACUUGGCGUAUUUCUUUUGCCAAGCUACCGACUCGCGCAUCAAUAGCGCAAUUGCCGUGCUACGGGGGUUGAUUUACCUCCUUGCUCGCCGACAACCGGGUCUCCUCUUAUAUCUGCCCGAGAAUACGUACGCUUCCGACGACGCAAUGGCAUGGGUCGUUCUAUCGAAGGUUUUACGGCGUAUGCUAGAAGAUCCAGACUUGAAGGAAACCUACCUGGUCAUUGAUGCCCUUGACGAAUGCGUUAUCGACCUACCCAAACUUUUGGAUUUCGUCGUCAUUUCACCAGGACGCGUCAAGUGGCUCUUAUCAAGUCGGAACGAGGUUCUUAUUGAGGAGAAGCUGAAACCUGAUGUUGGGCGGACGAGACUUAGUCUCGAGUUGAAAGCGAAUGCGAUGCAAGUGUCUCACGCCAUCGAUGCGUAUAUCGACGGCAAGCUAUCAGGUCUCGCAUCACUUCAAGACGACACGUCGUUGAAAAAUCAAGUGCGGGAUAUUUUGCACCAAAAGGCAAACGGCACGUUCCUCUGGGUUGCUCUCGUUAUACAAGAGCUCAGUGAGGAUGAUGUUGAGAGCUGGCAUGCUCUUCAAAUCGUCGAAGAAGUGCCGUCGGGCCUAGAUAGAAUGUACGAUCGCAUGUUGAAUGAAAUCAGUCGGUACAAAAGGGACUCGGAAUUUUGCCGGCGCAUACUCUUGGUGGCCACGGUUGCAUACCGCCCACUCUACUUGGACGAAAUAGGCAGCUUAUCUGAAUUACCGGAGCAGAUUGUGGGAUCAACAGAGAAUAUUAGGAAAGUCGUGGCUAAGUGCGGAUCGUUUCUCACCAUCCGAGAAGACAAGAUCUACCUUAUCCAUCAGUCAGCCAAGGACUACUUAAGCGCAUCCGCCUUGAUCUUCCCCCAUGGCGCACCAAUUGCCCACCGGGAUAUAUGCGCUCGAUCGCUAGAGCUUAUGUUACAGAAGUUAAGACGCGACAUGUACGGCUUAGUUACCCCGGGAUUUCCUAUCGACCAGGCCCGCACGCCAGAACCGGACCCUCUUGUGACAAUACGGUAUUCGUGCGUCUUCUGGGUUGACCACCUCCGCGAUUCGAUUACUGAUAAAGACACGCCACAACGCAACACACUGGAUGCGGUCCAGACGUUCCUUGAACUGAAGUAUCUUUACUGGCUCGAAGCUCUUAGUCUACUCCGAGCUAUAUCGGAGGGUGUCAUUGCCAUAAGAAAGCUUGAGGGCCUACUAGGGCGAACUCAUCAAAGGCAGCUAACAACUUUUAUCCGGGAUGCGCACCGGUUCGCUCUCUCCAACAGAUGGAUAAUCGAGCAAGCCCCUCUUCAGGCGUAUACAUCAGCCCUCGUAUUUGCACCGGUUGGCAGUCUGGUAAAGAAGAGAUUUAAGACGGAAGAACCUAGCUGGAUCAGUACAAAGCCAGUAGUAGAAACGGACUGGAAUGCAUGCCUUCAGACGCUCGAAGGCCAUAAUGGCUCGGUUUACUCGGUCGCCUUUUCGGCGGAUGGCCAGCGGCUCGCAUCCGGUGCAGGCGACCGUACCGUCAAGAUCUGGGAUCCCGCCUCGGGACAAUGCUUCCAGACGCUCGAAGGCCAUAAUGGCUCGGUGUACUCGGUCGCCUUUUCGCCGGAUGGCCAGCGGCUCGCAUCUGGUGCAGUCGACGAUACCGUCAAAAUCUGGGAUCCCGCCUCGGGACAAUGCCUCCAGACGCUCGAAGGCCAUAAUGGCUCGGUUUACUCGGUCGCCUUUUCGGCGGAUGGCCAGCGGCUCGCAUCUGGUGCAGUCGACUGUACCGUCAAAAUCUGGGAUCCCGCCUCGGGACAAUGCCUCCAGACGCUCGAAGGCUAUAGGAGUUCGGUUUCCUCGGUCGCCUUUUUGGCAGAUAAUCAGGGGGCGCAUGGGUAUGGGUUGGGCCAAGACACGACCUGGGUCAUUUGUAACGGCCAGAAUGUGCUAUGGUUACCACCUGAAUACCGCCCAACCUGCUCUGCAAUCCAGGGGCGGAUAGUAGCUAUUGGCUGUUCAUCAGGGCGAGUUUUUACUAUUGGCUUCUCAAGAGACAAAUAA